UACUGUGCGCGGCGUUGCGUCCUAUUGUAGCUGGGAAAAUGGCGGCCGGGCCAGGGAAGCACAAACUAUUAAAUCUUGGCCCGACAGAGAAAUGGUCCAUUCGGGAGAAGUUGUGUCUUGCAUCUUCAGUCAUGCGCAGCGGUGACCAGAACUGGGUGUCUGUGAGUCGCGCCAUCAAACCCUUCUCAGAACCUGGUCGUCCUCCUGACUGGUUUUCACAAAAGCACUGUGCCUCUCAAUACUCUGAGCUUCUGGAAACUACCGAGACCCCAAAACGAAAGCGUGGUGAGAGAGGAGAGGUUGUGGAGACUGUGGAAGAUGUUAUAGUAAGAAAGCUAACAGCUGAAAGGAUUGAUGAGUUGAAGAAACUUAUUAAAGAUACUCAAGAAAAAUACAGAAAAUUGAAGAAAGAAGCAGAGUUGAUUCAAACUGGCCACAUGGACAGCAAGCUGGACGAGACCUGGAAUGACAUUGUGAUCAAGAAGAAACAGGAGGAAGAGGAGGCGGAAAUGAAGAGAAAGGCCACAGAUGCUGCAUAUCAAGCUCGACAGGCAGCUAAGAACAUUCCUCGCAGAAUUUCAAGCACAGUGGGCCGUGUCUCUGUUGGAUCGUCGUCUCCAGGAGGAGAGUUCAGCCUAGGGGACUUGACACCAAGCAAUCUUGAGGAGGGAAAUGUAGGGGUAAGUGUGGGGUCUUUGCCAAGUACAACGGUCUCCUCCUUCAUUGGGAUACCUGAUACCCCUCCUCCUCCUGCCCCCCUGGACUCCCCGUUGACCCCCGUGAUGGACGACUCACCCCAGAAAAAGAUGGUGGGACAGAAAGCAACUCCACCCCCCUCCCCUCUGCUUUCGGAACUCCUGAAGAAAGGCAGCCUGUUACCCACGAGUCCCCGGCUGGUGAGUGAAGGGGAAUUAGCAUUACCAUCAGGUCACAUUUCUGGUUCAGGUGUUCUUAUGGAUGUUGGAGUUUUGCCAGGUUUACAUGGAGGUGAGAUGCAUCCUGUGCAAGGCACGAUUCCAGCAUCUCCCGCAGCUUCAGGUGCACCCACUCUGUCCCGGCUUCUAGAAGCUGGCCCUGCACACUUCGCUACACCUCUUGCUUCCUUCUCUGCUGCUGCCACCAGUGAGUCUCCGUCUAAAUCUUUGCUGACCCCUAUAGAGUCUCAGGCCACCAUUGUAAUGAUGUCAGCAAUGCCUAUCACUGCAGCUGUCCCAGUGACCCAGCAGGAAGGCAGUGAUGCUGCUCCAGAUCCACACACAGUCACCGUGUCCAUGGACAGCACGGAUAUUUCCAUGAUCAUAGACUCCAUCAAUAAAGAGUGCCUAGGAAGUAGCGAAGGGACCGGACAACCAAAGGAUGCGGUCUCUGAAGUUAAAGGGGACUUGGAUCUAGCAGAAAAGAUGGAUAUUGCUGUGUCAUACACAGGCGAGGAAUUGGAUUUUGAGACUGUGGGUGACAUCAUUGCCAUCAUAGAGGACAAGGUGGAUGACCACCCAGAAGUACUGGAUGUGGCAGCAGUUGAAGCUGCUCUGUCUUUCUGUGAAGAAAAUGAUGACCCCCAAUCACUUGGGGGCCCCUGGGAUCAGGCUGUUCAAGAGCAUACAGCAAAGCAGGAAGCACUUGGGCAGUCUCUCCUUCCAGGGGCCAAGGAGCCAGAUUCUAUAAUGAACAUCAUGGAGCUUACUUCUGAAAUAAAAACUGAGCCACCUGACCAAGACAUGGAACAGUCACAGACAGAGGGAAGCUCCAUCAAUUCCCAUUCACCAUUUCAUCUCGGCCAUUCAGAACAUACAGAAGAUCUAAGAGGAACCACUCUAAAGGAGCCAAUCAAAGAAGAGGAAACGGAUCAUAACUUGAAAACAGAGGAGCUCCAUUCUGAAACUUCCCAGAGUGAGACUUUUGCAAAUGAGGAUGAAAAGGGAAUGAAACUGGAGCAGAGACCUGUGCUAAUUGACCCAGUGAAAUCGGAACCACAGUCUAGCAACCUCAACAAGGACUCUCAAGGUGAGGAAGAAGAUGAAGACGACGAUGUCACAAGUGAGGUUGGAAGCCCAGAGGAGCCCAAAGAAGAGGAGGCAGGAGAAGAAUACCUGUCUGAGAUGGAUAACGAGCCCCCAAUCAGUGAAAGUGAUGAUGGUUAUAGCAUCCAUAACGCUCAGCUGCAAUCCCACACACUCGCUGAUUCCAUUCCUAGCAGCCCAGCAUCUUCUCAAUUCUCUGUCUGUAGUGAAGACCAAGAGGCUAUCCAAGCUCAAAAAAUAUGGAAAAAGGCCAUCAUGUUAGUCUGGAGAGCAGCAGCCAAUCACAGGUAUGCAAAUGUCUUCCUCCAGCCUGUUACGGAUGACAUUGCUCCUGGCUAUCACAGCAUUGUACAGAGGCCUAUGGACCUAUCGACUAUAAAGAAAAACAUUGAGACCGGUAUAAUUCGUAGCACAGCAGAGUUUCAAAGGGACAUCAUGCUAAUGUUCCAGAAUGCGGUUAUGUACAAUAGCUCUGACCAUGAUGUAUACCACAUGGCGGUGGAGAUGCAAAGGGAUGUGUUAGAACAGAUCCAGCAAUUCCUGGCCACCCAGUUAAUAAUGCAGACAUCAGAGUCAGGCAUAAGUGCCAAGAGCCUAAGGGGUCGUGACUCAACACGCAAGCAGGAUGCUUCUGAGAAGGACAGUGUCCCCAUGGGCUCUCCUGCCUUCCUUCUCUCUCUCUUUGAUGGUGGCACUCGAGGUCGUCGUUGCGCAAUCGAAGCAGACAUGAAAAUGAAGAAAUGAAAGUUCUUCGAGUUUCAAGCUGAGCAUCAUGUUGAUAACAUCAGCAGUUCAGAAAAUUUAAAAGAACUAUCUGGGCACCAUAACAACUUUAAAAAAAAUAAGUUGUUAUGGUGAAAGGGGGUCCCUGGCCCUGGCUUACCUUUAGGAGUUAAACCAUUCACGAACAGUUUAACCCCAAAGUCUCCUCUCCAGCACCAUUUCACUCUGUACCCUCCACAUCCGCUUUCUCAAAAUCUUCAGAACAGAAGACUGGAAGAACCGCAGGGCAGGGUUGCUGAUGCUCUAAGCCAAUCAGUAGAACCAUGUUCAUAAAAAGGGCUUGCAAAAGGUAUGUACCUUUUAUUCAAGCAGUUUCUAUGAAUGGGAUGCUACUUAUAGGCUUUGAGCAUCAGCUAACUGCUCUAAGCCAAUCAGCAGCACCUCUGCCCUGCGGCUCUCCCAGUUUUCUGUUGUGAAGAAAGCAGUGGUGGAGAGGGUGGGGAGACUUUUGGGUUAAACCCGUUUGCGAACAAUUUAGGUAAGCCAGGGAGCUCCUGGCACCAUGACUUCAUUUUAAGUUAAGGGCCCAAACUGUUCCUUUAAAUUGUAUUACAUUUGUGUUAAUGAGAACAUUUCCCCCUCUACUUAUUUAAUUGGGGGUGUUAAAAAGUAUUGUUAAUAGUGUGUAGAUAUGUAUAGUGUAAAUCUUAAUCUCUCUGUCUAUGUUGGUUUUCAGUUGUUUAGACCUAGGUAAGUUGUAAUAUGGCGUUCAAACUACUACUACUACUAUUAAGUUGAAUUACAUCUGGAGAUGUGUAUCCAUUUGGAACAACUGUCAAGUGGAAUACAAGACAUAUUUGUGUGAUAUGGUGUCUACUUGACAGUCUAAUGUCCAUCAUGAAAAUUAGGUGCAAGAAUGUCAUGUUAAGGACAAUGAAUUAAAAAAAAAAAAAAAAAAAAAGAUUUUGUUUUAGUCAAAAAAAAUAUAGGCCUGACUUUUUGCUUUUCAAGGAGCACUCCAAUGAAAAAAAAAUACAUUUUAUUUCUAACAAUUUAGUAGAUAAAUCCCCAAUGAAAGCAAGCAUACUUAAUUUAUGCCUUUUUCAUUGGGGAUAUAUGUAAAAACAGCUUGUAAAAGCAGCAGAUCUCUUGUCCGCGGCCUUUGCAAGCCCUCCUCUUCUAACCCCACCCAGAAUUGUGGUGACUGUCCAAUCAGAGGCUUUCCAAUUCAGCUCAAUGAGAAGUCUUUGCAAGUCAGGUGCUCUUGGCAAUUACUGCCUUUUGAGUUUAGCUCCACUGAGCUGUUGUCUGACAGCCACAGGGGCGUAACAAGGUUAAUUAAAAAAAAGUGUAAAGGGCGUAACAAGGUUAAUUUAUAAAGGUGAACAUUUCUAUUGAAAUCUGCAUUUUUUUUUUUUGUGAAAUGGGAGGGAAGGGGAGGACACUUUUCAUACACAGAAAGCAUUUCAGCAAGUUAAAGUGGUUUUGAGACGUUUGGAGUGCCCCUUUAACUUUUUUUAAUUUUUUUUUUAUAGCACUUGCAAUUAACAACUCACUGUUUUGAUUUGUCACUUUCAAGUGUCAGAGCCAUAUAUGUGGUACAGUGCAUGUUUUGCAUUUGUGAUUGUCUAAUUGCAGCUUAGGAGCAUUUUUUAUUUUAAUUUUUUUUUUCUAAUUAUUUAUUUAAAUAGUGUUGGCCUAUAGAAGGAUGUAGAUGUCACACUAUAUUGGUAUUUUUAACUAUAUAUAUAUAUAUUUUUCUGCUUGAGUAUUAAUUACAAGUAAUAACAUAAGCACAAUGGCAUGCAUCUUUCCUGAUCAAGAACAUUUUUUUAGUGUUUAAACUGUUGCAGAAAACAAUGGCUAUUGAGGACAUUAAAUGUAGCAAAAUCGAUAACUACGUUUUAGGAGUUGAUACCUUGAGUCUCUAUGCUGUAGUUCGGCAUAUUCUAACUGUAAAGCUUUAGUAUAGGUUUUAUUUUUUAUUAUUUUGUGAGCUUACUUGAAUUCAAAGUGUGAUGUUAUCCAUCAUGUAAAUCUUGCUGGUUAAUAAGCUUGUCUGUGUAUUAAAUCAUCUCAUGUAUAGUAGCAGGGUGGCAUUAAAAUGUAACUGUGCUUAUUAUGAUGAGGGAAGCGUGUUUAAAGAUUUAAGUCAAGGUGUAAAUAUUUUAAAGUGUCAAAUUAAUUAUGUUUCUCUAAAUACAGUAAAGAAAAGCCAACACAUUUGAACAAAAAUAA